UACUUAUCCAAUUAAAUUUCAAGGCCCAAGCAUUAAAAGUAGUAGGAACACAAAACUUUAUGAAGCCAAACGUUGAGAUAUACGCAAACCCAUUGCCAAAAUCGGCCAUAACUAAAAUUUUGCAAAAAUAUUUUGAAAGCGACUGUCUUUGGUCAUCCAUAAAUAUUUGGCACUGAAUACCGGUAAGAAAAUUAAAUAAUCAGGUAGUUUUAGAAGUGCGCUGCCAUAAUUGUCAACUGAGCAUUUAAGCAGAAUAGAAAAACUACUUGAAAUCGUCCGGCCGGAACUCGAAUGUAGAUUUGAAAAACUAUUCAAGCGUUAAGUGCUCUGCUGACCAUGUUCAAGGACACCGCCACCGCAUCGACCGGCGAACUCGCAGGGGAAGUGGGUGACGCCCAGUCGACUCCCGGCAGCUGCCCUCCGCCCGCCACGGCAGACACGCCCCCCGUCGCCAGCCGAUCGCUGGACCGACGCCUAAACCCCAACGCACCUGUGUUUGUGCCCGACUUCAAGGCCAGCCAGGUGGCCAAAAAGCUAUUUGAUGAGUUAUCUACGUACACCCGGUGGAGUACGGCAUCCUCGGAGGACAUAUGCUACGCACCUCGUUACGAGUCCAUCUGGCGUGAGUCCAGCAUCCAGCGGCAGCAGGUUCUGCCCCAUCCGGGCUACGUUUACAGCCUGGAUCCUGGCGAGGAUGAGGUCGUCGAACUGGAGUUUGACGAGGUCCAGGCCAUGAAUAUCGGAGCCGAGGCCUAUGAUCCCAAGCUGGGAAGCACAUCAGCUAGUCAGGCAAUGGAAGUUCGCGAAACUGUGGGUGAUGUGGAGGAACCUUUAGAUGAGGAAAAGAGGAAUGGCUUUCAGAAUCGCCACUCCGCCAGACCGGCCAAAAAGUGCUGUCUGGUCAUGUAGGUCCCAAGGAAUGGCUAAUUUGUAUUUAUUUUCCAUUUGUUUUCACACCUACACGCUGCGACUCAGUAAAAUGUUUCCUUACUC